AUGUGGAUUCUCUCGUUCUGGGUCUUCCCCGUGAUAUCCGGGUCCACACUAGUAGCCAUGCUGUCCACCUGGGCGGCGGAUGGAAAGCCAAUAUAUUCCACCAUGAGCAAUGGGCUCACCAUUCCUUACAUUUCCCAUAUCGGAGCCGAGGGACUCAAACCGCUGUUCAUCACAGGCAGUGUAGUAACCGUCGUAUUCAUGGAUCUCGGUCUCCUCUCUGAGCGUUGGCUUCGCCAUGCCGGGCAACUAGCCCGAAACAAAGGGAGGUUCGACAAGACUUGUGCGGUUGGAUCGAUCUUUUUCUCGAUCACUGGGGCUUUAGGUCUCAUUCUUCUGUCCAUCUUCGACACCAAGCAUCACCAUAACCUCCACGACGGGUUUUUGGGGAUGUUCAUAGCGAGCUAUGUGGUCUGCGCCCUCCUGGUGUGUCUGGAAUACAUCCAGAUCGGUCGAUUCUACCAUCCACAAGCCCGGAUCUUGAUAGUCAGCUUCGCCAUUAAAGCUCUUUUCGUCGUCUGCGAACUCGCGGUCGGGAUUACAUUUGCCGUAUGUGUGAAAGCUGGAAAUAAAAAGAACGCCGCAGCCGUCUGUGAAUGGGUUGCCGCCCUUAUAUUCGCAUUCUUUGUUUUUUCGUUUGUCAUUGAUCUCCUGCCAUCUGUUCGUACCAAGAGACAUGUUCCGCAGGGUGAAAAGUAUGCUCGGCCAGGUGUGGAGGAACGUCCAAUCGACUUCUAG